GUCCAGUAAAGCUCAGUUGGCGAAGUGGCGUCCUAGCGAGACGAGCUUUCGAGCAGAAACAGAGAGACUCGUGGGUUACGAUUUGCCUGUGAGCAUAGUAGUUUAGUAGGAGUAUAAACCGUGUUGAAGAGAUUCUGUCUGGGAUCGACCAAGAAACCAACGUCAACCUGCCGUACUUACAAGAUGUCGAUAUCAGGGAUGCGGAAACCACGAAUAUCGGCUCUAUCGGAGCCUCUAAAAUCGUCGUCUCGUCUCCUGAGGACGAGUAGCAGCAGCAGCAGCAGUCAUCAGCCGCGUGAGCAGCACCUUGUAGUCCGCCGGCUGGAGCCUCGUCUCGUCCUCCCGGCGGCCAGUCCGGCCGGCUGUCAAUAAUACACACACGCAUACACCUUCUACCUCUCUCCCCCUCUCAGCUCUAUUUUUCGACGUCUCUCACACAUACAUACACACACACACACACACACACACACACACAUACACACACACACAAAGCUACUACCUCUACCCCUACAUGUACAAAGGCUCGAGUCCGACCUGAUGCAAGAGUGAGACAAACCGCGAGGGCUCGAGUGCUAGAUCCAUGUGUAUACGUGUACUUAGCGCGCUCGUCGACGAGGCAUCGUUUUUCCUGUACAUUAUAGCCUGAGAUACAAGAGGAGGAGGAGGAGGUGCUAUACCGCUGCUGCUGCUGCUGCUGUGCGAGGAGAGAAUAAGCGAUCUUCCAUUGAGACGGAAAGAGUGUCGGCAUCAUGACUGCGGUGCCGUACGACACCAAUCUCGUCUGGCUGGUGGUCGUGGGCUUCAUCGUGGCGUUCGUCCUGGCCUUCGGCAUAGGCGCGAACGAUGUGGCCAACAGCUUCGGCACCAGUGUCGGGGCCGGUGUCCUCACAAUCGUCCAGGCUUGCAUCCUCGCCACUUUCUUCGAGGUCGCCGGCGCCGUCCUCAUCGGAUACAAGGUCUCCGACACGAUGAGGAAAGGAAUCCUGGACGUCUCGCUGUACGAAGGCCACGAGAAGGAGCUGAUGUUCGGCGCGUUGGCGAGCCUCACUGGCUCGGCCAUCUGGCUGAUGCUGGCCACUGCUCUCAAGUUGCCCAUCUCCGGUACCCACUCCAUCGUCGGGGCGACCGUCGGCUUCUCUCUCGUCUGCAGGGGCACCGCGGGAGUGAGAUGGAUGGCCCUCCUGAACAUAGCGGCCUCGUGGUUCGCCAGUCCGAUACUAAGCGGCCUUGUGUCCUCGUCGAUUUUCUGGCUGAUAAGAAAGUCCAUACUGCGCUCUACCAAACCCCUCGAGCAGGGCCUCAAAAUGCUGCCUUUGGCUUACAGUCUCACCAUCGCCGUCAACGUGUUGUCCAUAGCGCACGAUGGGCCGAAGCUGCUGAUGCUGGACAAAGUCCCAUGGUGGGGCAGCGUAACGGCGGCCCUGGUUGUCGGCAUCGUCUCCGCGGGCGUGGUCUACCUGAUCGUGGUGCCCUGGCAGCGCAAACGCAUUAUCCUGUCGCACAGCCAGGCGAACAACGGACGUCUGGCCGACAUCGAUGCAGCAGCCGACAAUAAGGAGACCACUGCUCUCUCGGUCAUAUCGCAACGGGCUCAACCCGGUGGCGAGCCGCCCAGAGGCCUUGAAGAGCCAUCGAAGGGUCAGCUCCGCGGCAACAACAGCGCGAGUCCGCUGCUCCUAUCAGCCGCAGGCGGUGACGCGGAGGCGUCUGGAGGGCACGCCCUGGACGAGGACGCGGUGCUGGAUUCGGAGCACCCCGACGUAUCGAAGCUGUUCGCCUUCCUUCAAGUCCUGACGGCGGCCUUCGGCAGCUUCGCUCACGGCGGCAACGACGUCAGCAACGCCAUCGGGCCGCUCAUUGCCCUCUGGGCCAUCUACGCCGAAGGCUCGGCCAAGCAGGAGGCCGAGACACCGUUGUUGAUUCUCUUGUAUGGUGGUCUGGGCAUAUCGACGGGGUUGUGGAUCUGGGGACGCAGGGUCAUCGAGACGCUGGGACAGGAUCUCGCCAAGAUCACGCCCACCACGGGAUUCACGAUAGAGGUUGGAGCGGCAGUGACGGUGCUGCUGGCCAGCAAAGCAGGGCUGCCGGUCUCGACGACCCACUGCAAGGUCGGCUCGGUCGUCUGCGUUGGCUGGGCCUCCCAAGGUGGCAAAGGCGUCAGCUGGAGCCUCUUCCGGAACAUCGCCUUCGCCUGGCUCAUAACUGUGCCGAUCGCCGGGGCUCUUUCCGCCGGCUGCAUGUUCGUCUUCCGACACUUCAUCGACGUCUGAGCCAAAAACACAUUCGCUCGAUUGUAUUACACACACACACACACACACACACACACACACACACACACUAUAUUAUGUAUCGUUUACACAGCAGCACACACUUGUUACACGUAUGCGCUUCGCAACUACUUGUGGCUGUGCACUUGGCGGUUGAAUUUUUCGUUUGAUUGUUUGAAGGAGAACCGUCGAGGCUUGCCGAUUUUGACUUUGAAGGAAGACAUACUUAUCGUUGAAAUUGGUAUGCGCGCAAACACACACACACACACACACACACACACAAAAUACAAAUAUACACUACUGUUGUCAAUAUCCGAAGGAUAAGAAUAAUAAUUGAUUAUUGAAAAAAGGAGCACAUACUACACAGAAGCAGUAGGAGAUAACUACGACUACAAUAAAGAAGAAAACGAGAGAAAAAAACUAACGAUGACGUUGACAUGCAGUUUUCGUAUGCGUUAUCGCGAUAGCAAAAGCGAAGGGCGGGCUAGGUGCAUCCGCUUAUUGACGAUCAGGCCGUACGAACGACCUUUUUUUAGUUUAGUAUCUUGUUUGCUUUUCUUAUAACUCCGAAUUUUUUCGUUCUAUUUCAUCUAUUUAUUUACUCGUAAUAUAUUACACUUUUUAUUAGCACAGCUGGUUGGCAAAAUAGGUUUAGUGAUUUUAAGUUUUCUUUCCUAUACUGCACUGGUUGUCAGAGAAGUUACUACAGAGGCACUGCUUCAGACACGAAAUUAGAGUACAAUUUGCGAAACAUACAACAUAUAUGUAUAUGUACGUUUUCUGCAUUAUUCCAUGUAAGGUAUUUUUUACACAUACGUACUUUGGUUCAUCUGUAAAUUCUUCUGUGAUGGAAAGAAUGCGAGAUUACAAUAGGAUGAUGCGCGCGGUGUUGAAGUGUGAUGAAUUUCUAUAAGGUUUAUUUUUACACUUUUUUAUACGACACGCAAAACUUGUAACGAUAUACAUAUAAAGUACGUUUAAUUGAUAUGUCUAAG